UUUGACCUUUGAACUUCUACAUUACUACUCUCAGCCAAUGGACGCUGAGCAUACGCACUGAAACAGACUCGUGGAGUUGAAAUAUUGAUAUCACGAAGUGGGCGAUUCAGAGUGUUUGUUUUGAGAGGUGAGUCGAAUGUUAAUUCAGCGCCACUUGGCUAAACGCGUCUGAACGAGGCAACUCGCACAUUCACUAUGUAUCAGGAUUAACUCUCACCUAAUCAGGCUUGUGUUUGGCGUGAUCCUACAUCGUAGACAUUUGUUUUGGGAGUGACUUGCACAUGUUGAAUUGAUGUCAGAGACAGUUUUGGAAGACACAAAUAAUGCUGUUUUCUCUGUCACUACGUUUGGUUUUCCUCAUCGCGAUUGUCUUGAUCAGUGUGUCUGUCGGAACCAGUGUCACCGUGGAGGACGUCCUUCAGUGUUCUGCAGAUGGCAUGAAAUGUUGCGGUAACAUGAGAGAGGACAGACUGCCGAACCUCAUCUUGAAUUACGACUGCAGUCAGCCUGACAACGUCACCCUUCUCCUACCACCCGGCACCAACAAAACAUCCCCAUUCCGACUCUUCUUCUCAAGCUCGUGCAUCACACGUCUCCCUGAGGAUAUAUGUGAUUAUCCCAACAUUGCAAGUAUACGUGCGGUGACCGGUAAAAUCGAAACAAUUCCCAGCCUUAGCUGUCUGAAGAAUUUGAUAGCUCUGGUACUUUUCAACCAGGAAGUUAAAUCUGUUGAGACGGGUGUGUUCUUUGGUUUGGAAAGGUUGAGAUACAUCAAUCUUGCUCGUAAUAAAAUACAUACUAUUGAGCCAGGAGUGUUCAGUGAAGACUUACAUGGAUUGAUGAGGGUUCAUCUUGACUACAACGAGCUGACAGCGUCUGAGGCCUGGCCGAUGAGGAUUACCCAUGACUUCUGUCAUUUCGGCCUAAGUUACAAUAAGAUAUCCCAUUUCUCAAACGAAGAAAACUGGUUAGUGGAUAAAAAAAAAAGCUAUGGACCCGGUAUGGUGAACUUUUCUCACAAUUUGUAUACGAAAUGGGUGUCAGAGGAAUUGAAGAUCUAUGGAAUUCAUGAUCUGAAAAUUAUUGGUAUAUUUAGGAGAUGGGGAUUUGACUUCAGACAUAAUAAGUGGAUCUGUGAUUGCAAUUUUCAUGAAUUUCUCCACCUGGCAUCGAAUUUAACUACAUUAAUAUGGAGGUACUUCUACAAUGUUCUCUGCGACAGUCCAGCUCAUCUGAAAGGAAAGCAAAUUCUAAAUCUGCCACUGGAUGCGUUUGUGUGUAACGUCACGGACAAAUGUCCUCAAGAUUGUUUAUGUCAGGAUCAGCCGGAGAAAAAACAGAUGUUGGUUGACUGCCGUGGUAGAAACUUGACACGUUUACCGUCCACGGUUCCCGAAGGUAAUUUAAAACUGCUUUUUGGCGAUAAUUCCAUUACCUUCUUGGAAGCAGUAGGUUAUUUUCAAAGAACAAAAUAUCUUGACGUAUCUAGAAAUAAUAUUAAAAUUAUUGAACCUUCAGCAAUUGACCUUUUGCAAAAUGGGGUUGCAUUUCUGGGCCUAUCGGACAAUCUUCUUGAGUUUUUACCGACAAAAAUCCAGAACAUCCAUUAUUCUAAACUAGAAAUCAACAGAAACCCAUUUGUGUGCAGCUGUUCCUCCACGUGGAUGUCACUGUGGCUCAGAUACCAACCUCGGAACUACAACGUCACCGACAUCACUUGCUUGAUGCCAGCGGGCAAUACCGUACAGCUUGUACGAGCAGACAAAAAGUUACUUAGCUGUCAGAUUCGCAGUCCUUUUCCUAAGAUAUUCAGCGCCCUGUUGGGAACAUUUGCAGCCAUAUUUGUGCUUUUGGUGGCCCUUGUUGUGGUGUUUCGGUAUGAAGUGAUGCACCUUCUUCAUACGGGUGCAAAAAAGCUGAAGCGAACUAGCGAUGACGACUCCGAGUACGAUUUGUUUGUGUCGGUGGAUGGAGAGAGUGAGUCUGACCGAGUCUGGUCCAAGAAACUACUUGAAGAACUGGAGCAGAAUCACAACCUCAGACUGUACUUCCCGCUCCGGGACAUGGACCCGGGGACAGUAAUUACUGAUGAAGUCAUCAAGACGCUCCAGAGAAGCCGCGCAGCUGUCAUUGUGCUGUCUGGUAGCUAUGUGGACAAUCCCUCCAAGAUGUUCGAGUUCACGGAGGCCUACAAUAUCAUGGUCAAACAGCGUCGUGGCCGUGUGAUCGUCGCCAGGCUCGACAACGUCACCACUGCCAGUAAUGGCUACCUGAACGCUUUUCUAAAACUUAAGAAGUAUAUAGAUGCUGACAACUGCGACUUGUUCGAAAAGAUCGCGCAUGAAGUUCAGGAGGAGAAAUCUCAAAAUUCUCCUACUCUAUCUGUGAGCCAAGUUGAAAUAAUGGCUUAAAAGUAGUGCCUUUCUUGUGAUACAAACUUGAGUUUCAUCAAAACAGCAAUGUCGGUUAUUGUGGUUCCUACUGAUGUAGAUAAUGGUUCAGUUCCACUCAACCAAUAAACUACAUCAUGUUUUUACGAACUGUGUGCCAUUUGUGUUUCGUCAAAUACAUACUUUACGUAAAAUAUACAUUCUUAAAUCCAUUCAGUGAAUCAGCGAAGAUUCCAGAGCAGAAUAAGCCCAAAUAUCCAUGUUCUUCGCAAGAGACUAUUAAGAUAUUGACCUGUGACUUCUGACUGGUUUCUUGGCUGCCAUCGAACCGACGCCUUUGUCUGAUCCAGGCUUCAAUACGUACAGGUCAUUGGGAUGAAGAUUCAAUAUUAUUGGCCUAAAGCUUCAGUACUUACAGGUCAUCGUGAUGAAGAUUCAAUAUUAUUGGCCUAAAGCUUCAGUACUUACAGGUCAUCGUGAUGAAGAUUCAAUAUUAUUGGCCUAAGGCUUCAGUACUUACAGGUCAUUGGGAUGAAGAUUCAAUAUUAUUGGCCUAAAGCUUCAAUACUUACAGGCCAUUGUGAUGAAGAUUCAAUAUUAUUGGCCUGAAGCUUCAGUACUUACAGGUCAUCGUGAUGAAGAUUCAAUAUUAUUGGCCUAAAGCUUCAAUACUUACAGGUCAUCGUGAUGAAGAUUCAAUAUUAUUGGCCUAAAGCUUCAGUACUUACAGGUCAUUGGGAUGAAGAUUCAAUAUCAUUGGCCUAAAGCUUCAGUACUUACAGGUCAUUGGGAUGAAGAUUCAAUAUUAUUGGCCUAAAGCUUCAGUACUUACAGGUCAUCGUGAUGAAGAUUCAAUAUUAUUGGCCUAAAGCUUCAGUACUUACAGGUCAUCGUGAUGAAGAUUCAAUAUUAUUGGCCUAAGGCUUCAGUACUUACAGGUCAUUGGGAUGAAGAUUCAAUA